AUGACCUACUUUUUCUUUUAUUUUAUUCUGUUUACGGUAAUCAUCGGUGGAACAGCACUUUACCUCACUAAGUCACGAUGGAUGCACUUAGUCCAAGUACCCGAUUACCUUUACCAUCGCCUCCCUUCAAGUUUCACAGCUGAUCUCGAGGCUGGACUGAGCUCCUCACAAUUUGACAUCACCGCCAAUGUUGCCGACGGUGAUACAAGGGCUGGGCUUGAUCAACACGCCAAGAAUGAAGUGAGGAAGAUCAUGAAAGAUCGCAAGGUCAACUUCGAUGAGGCACGUCGAAUCUACACAGAACAACGAUUCGCAAAAAACAAUAUUGGACCUGAUGGCCGUCCAAGAGACCCCAAAUUUGUCUCGUUUUCAUGA